AUGUCUCAGGUCGUAUAUAUCACCACGGAGACGGCCUCUGAGCCGGCUUGUGUAGAUUACAUCCAUCCGAAUUUAAUUGAGAUUGCCGAUCCGGUCAAAGGUCGAGGGUUCCGUGCCUCGGAGGUCAUCCCGAAAGGCGCCCGACUGAUGGUCGACCGGCCCUACGCAAUCAUUCCCACCGUCGAUGAGCCAGCCAACCACGAUAAUGUGAUUUGCAGCAACCCUGCUUGUAAUCAUCGCACACUCCAAGACGCAGGACGUUGUCUGUGUCCGAAUAAUUGUGUUUCGGACGUUGUAUGGUGCAGCAAUGCUUGUCGGAAUGCCGAUAGAGCACGCCAUGAGUUCGAAUGUACUUGGCUGAAACGAUAUGCACAGUCAAUUCGAUCAAAACGAGGCGAGUACGACUUUGGAAUGCUCUGGUUGAUUGUCCGGCUGCUUGCUACGCGUCAUAUUGAGAUGAAAAAGCCAUCUCUAUCUGUUGAUGGCUCCGGCUCUGCCCGGGAGUGGAAGUCGAGUUGGAAUAGCAUUGACCUGUUGUGCGGAUCAUCAGACUUUUGGUCUCACGACAAGGUCCGGUUAUGGAGUACUCUUGUGAAGAAAUAUCUCCAGAACAGUUCAACUUUGCCUCAUGGCAUGAGCGCCGACCGCCUGCUUCAUCUCAUCUGCCAGGAGGAGGCCAAUUCAUUUGGUCUGUAUCCGCGCGAAAUGUGUAUUGAUCCUCCGUCAAAUAUGUCUCCGUCCAACUCUAGAGGGGAGCAGUUCGCCGCCGGGGUGUAUCCUACUGCAGCGAUUUGCAACCACUCAUGCUCUCCGAAUAUCACGCACAGACCGGAUGAUAAAGGCUGCAUGGUCUACACCGCGGCCCGCGACAUUCUCGCGGGGGAAGAAUGUUGUAUCUCAUACUUUGACCUAGCCCAACAUACAGAUUUGACUUCUCGCCGCGAACAUCUUCGAAAUUCGUUCCGAUUCUUGUGCAAGUGUGAACGAUGUGUCUCAGAAGAGCCUGUGGAGGAAUCAAUAGAAUGGACUGAGAUGCCUAUUUUGGAUAUAUAA